AUGUCUGCUUUCUCGCAGUCAGGCAUCAAAUUUCAUCGAGGAACUCGAACACUGGAAAUCAAUAAGCAAUUGAUAAAUAAUUCGAUAGAAUUUCCCGACGGUUUCAAGUUUGGACUGAAAGAGAAACACAGGUUGGUUUUUAUCAAAUUAGGCAUUCUCAAAGCCUCUGAAGAUGAAAAAUAGGGAGUUUUAGCAGUUUUUGUGCUAAAAAUUGAAGAUAAUCAAUAUUUUGAGCCUCAAAAUGUUUCUUUUUGGAUAGAAACAGCUUUUCAGCGAAUAAAGCAGUCAAAUUGCAAAUUUUGUUUUCGCAGGUACUUCAAGCAAUUCAUAGAAGACGUGACGAGAUUCAACGAGAAAGUUUCGGAAAGUACAGAGCCGAUAUACUCAAAAGCGACGACCCGAAUCGCGAAAUGGCUUCUGGAAGACACGGAGAGCGGCGCGACGGCGACGUCGGUUUUCAGUCCGCACGAGUCGGCGGGCACCAUUCGCACCGCCCUUGUUCAGUGCAAUUUCACCGAUAUCGGACGGCACAUACGCGAUUUGAAGCUGAAAAUUCUGGAAUUGGAGGAGAAACGGAAGGGAGUGACCGUGAUUCUUGUCACUGAGAACGACGCGAUACACUCGAUCAUCGAUCGGAUCGCUAGCGCUGUAAAAUCUCGAUGUUUUUCCCAGUGUAAAUGCGAUUUUCCAGAAGUCCGGCCUCUCGAUAGUGCUGAUACGUCAGUUCGAGUCGUUGCGUCCCCAAUUCCUCGACUCGCUGAUCUCGCUGAUCUUCUCGACCCAAUCCACUCGCCACGUCGUCGCCCGUCUUCGAUUCGUCGUCUGCGUCUCCACUUCUCCGUCCUUUUUCACUCAAACCUGCGCCACGAACACUCUGACCCUUCUCCAGCUGCAACAAUUCAAGUUUACGAGACUCGACGACGUCUUUGAAAAAAUCGUCGCAACGGGCAUCCACGCGGGCUUCCGUCCGCCGAUUCCAAAGUCCAAAAGCAUUGAAGACGACGAUCCGAACCGCCUGUAUUCGUUCGACUGCGCGCCGGCCGUCUUCUCCGGACCCUUCCUCAAAUACCUCAAAGACCGCUUCUUCGGAUGCGAUUUCUCGGUUUCGGCGCUCGAAAAAGCCAUCCAAUUCGCGCUUCUUCAAAAAUAUUUGGAAGAUGCGACGUGGCGAGAAGACGUCCAUGAGGCCGAACUUCAAAAGUACGACGUCGUGUUCGAGGCGUUCAAACGCGAAUUCUGGGAGGGCGACGCCAUUUCGCUGCACAUUCAGCUACAAUCGGAGCCGAACUUCUGGAAGGAAUUCAAGGAGAGCACGAUUUUUCAGCAGCGAAAACAGUUUUUGUUCGACACAAACUCGCGCACGAAUCUCGUCGAAUUCGCGCAGAAACUUUGCGACGAUUUUGCGGAAAUCGACGAGAAUUGGUGCACGACAUUGGAGGACUUGAUGCGGAAAUUGGGAGAGACGAGGCUUCUCGCACCGCCGACGCCCACGCAAUCGAAGCCGACCGUCGGGCGGAUGAGCAUGGCCGAAUGGCAGAAGCAGAGUAAAGCGGCGAUCGAGGCGAAACAGAACGAUCCGAUACGCGCGGCCAAAAGUGCCGUUUAUGCGCAUGUUAUGGUACGGAUAGGCCUUUCUCUAAAUUUUGAAACUUUCGGUAUUCUUUCCGUUCGAAAUGGAUCGCAUUCGCAUUAUUUUGCGCGAAAAUCUCAGAGCUGGACAAAUUUCGGUCCAGGCUUUUUAAGGCCUGGACUUUUGGCCAAAAGUGCAGGCCUCGACAGACCUUCAAAAAGCCUUUUCACAAAAAUCCACGCCGAAAUUGCAGAGAAUGUUCGAGUCGACGCUGAAACCGUACCCAUCCACGUGGCGCAACGUCGUCGGCGCCCCAUUCUGGACGAAUGGCGAAGUGAAGGUGUCGCUGGACUCGUCGGACGAAUUCGACAUUGAAAAGUGUCUACUCGAGGGCCCCGCCGACCCGAAUCACCCGAUUUCAGUCGCCUGGCGAGCACUUCUCAGCCAUCGCAGCUUCAAAAUAGUGCCAAUGACAGAGUGGGCUGCGGAGUUUUUGAAACAUGUAAAUGCGCUCCAAAUUUCCAUUGAAAAUGAAAAUGAUUUUCAGGUGAAAAUGAGCAUGAGCAAAAAAGAGGCGAAAAAUGCGUUUUUCGCGGCCGCCGGACAAUUGGAGCACAUUGGGCUGAUUCGUGGCUCCGCCGACCGUCAAUCUGCUAAUGUUAAUGUUUUGUACCAUCCACUCUCGGUCAUUCCCCAUAUUUGA